GGUCUAGAUGUGCACAGGGUGCAAGCCUGGGCCGAGGCAGAGCUUCCAGAGUGCAGCUGGGAUCUGCGUUUGCCACUGAUGCAGAUCAGGUGAUGAGGAGCCGGGAAGGUAGAGCCAUGUGGCUUUCCCCAGCUCUGCUCCUUCUCAGCCUCUCAGGCUGUUUCUCCAUCCACAGCCAAGAGUCCGUGAGAGGCCCAGAGCACGGGUCCGUGAGUGUGCAGUGCCACUAUCAGCAAAGAUGGGAGACCUAUGUCAAAUGGUGGUGUCGAGGGGUGCACUGGGAUUCAUGCACUAUCCUCAUUCAAACCAGAGGGUCAGAGCAAGAAGAGAAGAGGGGCCGUGUGGUCAUCAAGGACAAUCAGAGAGACCACGUGUUCACUGUGACUAUGGGGGGGCUCAGGCGAAACGACACAGACAUUUACUGGUGUGGGAUUAAGAGACGAGGAACUGACCUUGGGACUCAAGUGAAAGUGAUCGUUGACCCAGUGGGAGCAGCUUCUACACCAGCAAGCUCGUCUUCCAAAUUGACUACCAACAGGAAUAUGAGCGUGUUCAUCAGCUCCCACAAGAGGACCCACUACGUGCUCCUGGUAUUUGUGAAGGUGCCCAUCUUGCUUAUCUUGGUCGGUGCAAUCCUCUGGUUGAAGGGGUCUCAGAGGGUCCCUGAGAAGCCAUGGGAACAACCUAUCUAUAUGAACUUGUCCUCUAAACAUCCAAACAAAGACAUGGCUGCUUAGAGAGAUGGAUCUGCAGAGCCUUCCUGCCCUGGACUGCAUUUCCAGAAGAGACCUGGACUGUGGAAGAAACAUCUCUGAGUCCUUGGGAUGCAGCCACUGAGAUGGAGCCCUGGGCCUCCACCCUGGCCUUGGAGCUGGUGGGUACCUCCCUGUUCUGCACAGUUUAGGGACUUAGCUGGGGCCUCUCCUGAGCCCCCAUCGCCUCCUGGAGUGUCAGCACCUGCUUUCUUGGUCAGGAGCUGUAGAGAUGGAGCUCAAGCAGUAGACGACUGUGUCCCUACUGCUGGAAUAACUUGGGCACAGAGCCUGGGGCCAAAAUACAGAGAGAGGUUGGAGGAGACUCCCCAGCCCUAGACUUCCAUCAUUCCAGAGCCCAGCUCAACACCGUCUUUGCCUGAGAGACUGACAGAUCUGUUUUUAAAAAAUAUUUUUCCUGGUAAAGUUGGGUUUUGAUGACUUGUGUUCAUAGGAAAACUGACUGAUCCCACACACAAGGAGGGUGAUUCUGGGCUGAGUUCCUGGUUCUGGGGCACGAAGGGCUGGACGGACCCUCUCCCCUGGGAGGACAUGGCUCUGAGCCCACAGGGCUGAGGAGGCAAUGGGAGCCUCCCUGGCCCACACUAAUACUUAGCUUCCUCCUUCUCCCUCCUCCUCCUCCUGGCCCCACAAGCUCCCUGGCCACUCCCCCACCUCCAAGGGGCUGCAGCUUGGGAGCCUCCUCAGCACGACAGCUCGGGCCUCCUCCCCAAAGAGGCUCUUGGGCCUCGAGAACCACCUCCAGGUGGGGAGGGCAGUAAUGAAAACUGUCGCAGGAAAUGGCGCCCUCCCUUUUCAGUGAUGUUGAAAUCAUGUUACUAAUGAAAAGUGUCCUAGGGAAGUGGUGCUGUCUCCUCACGUGCCUCACCCACUGCAAUGACACCCUUGAAUAGGGUCACUUUGGCUGUAUGGAUGACGGACUCCCACACCAAAGGGACCUUCACUUCUUAGGAAGAGAACCAGCCCCAUGUGAGACUUGCUCCCGCCCCCAGCUGCCCACACACAGACACACCACACAUGUUGGGAAUGCUGCCCUUUGGACACCCAUGAGGAUGCCUCCAUCCUGCCCUUGGUUCUAAUAGGGAUCCCUGACUGCCAGCAGUGGAUAAAGGAGAGGGGGCCCUUUGGUCCUUAGCAUGGCACCUGGAGCCUCCGCUUCCCAUUGAGACUCUGUAAUCCCCCCUUGUUGUCCUUCAUCCAAAGGGAAACUUUCUCUGAUUUUGAACUGAAUUUAGGACUCUGGACAUGAUGGGCCUAAAAAUUCCAUAAUGGCCAGAGAGGAGACUUCAAGCCAGGCUAAGACCCCCUCACUCAUUCUGUGGGGACUGAGACCCACAGUCCACCAGCCCCAGGGCCCUGCCUUCUGGAAUGCUUUCCUGGAUUCAGCCUCCUGAAGAUCCAGCCAGACCCAGGAAGGAUGCCACUGCUCUGCCAAUGAAUCCCUCAAUCUUCUUGGAGCUAGCUGGGUUAUUAUUCUUGUGGGUCCAUCAACAAGAAUCCACUGAAGCAGAGUAGGCAUCUGUUGCCGUCUGCCCAACUACCAGCCACCACACACGCCCUCGCACCAGCACCCCAUGUACACGUUUCUAGGAAACAUCCCUUGGGGUUCCAACGCUAGCUGACAGGCAAGGCUGGCCUAAUAUGCCCUUUCUCUAGGGUAGGGAAAAAGACGGAAAGUCAAUAAAUGAGCUGCUAGUGCUGGCAUUGCAUUUUCCAGCCAAUGCAUUUCAAUCAGGAGCCUGGAGCCAAGCCCUCAUGCCCUUAAAUAGCCACGGACCAUGAGGAUUUGUCAUAUGCUGAUUUUCACACUUAUGGAACCAAAAGUUAGUGACAGGCCGGGCAUGGUGGCUCCCACCUGUAAUCCCAGCACUUUGGGAGGCUGAGACAGUUGGAUCACCUGAGGUCAGGAGUUCAAGACCAGCCUAGCCAACACGGCGAAACCUCCGUAUC